GUCGUCGAGAGCGCUGGGGUCGGGUCGCAUCGGGUGCGCGAUUUCUGGCUCCUGUGUGUGAAUCAAGAGCUGAGCGCCCUUGGAGCAUCUGAAAGGAACGACUUGCGUUUAGGGUUCAAUCUGCACCUCUGUGCAUCGUAGUCAUGGACGCCGCGCAAGUAGACGCCAUGAAGCAAAUGGUGCUGACGGAGACGGCCGAUGCGGCCGUUUACGGGCCCCUCGUCGAGCCCGCCGUUUUGGUGGCCUCGGGUGCCCUCUACGUGAUCGCGGCCCUCCUGCUGCACAAGACCAUGCGCAAUCAAAAGCCCAUGGAUCUCAAGGGCCUCAUGCGUGUCUACAACUUGGUUCAGGUCGCCGUGUGUGGCUACAUGACCUACGGCCUGGUGCAGGAGCUUUUCAAGGCCGACAUGAUCAACGUCUUUGGCUUGUUCAGUCUGCCCAACGUCUUUGGUCUGAACCUGGCCUUUGAUCGCCGGGCUGAGUACUUUGUGCUGAUUCACUACCUGUCCAAGUUCUUGGACUUUUUUGAUACGCUCUUCAUUGUUCUCCGCAAGAAGGACGCUCAGUUUUCCUUUUUGCACGUGUAUCACCACGCCACCAUUGGCCCCAUCUGGGGUCUCCUUCUGUACCUGGGUUACGGCAGCGGCACGGCCAUCUUUGGCGCCAUGAUCAACUCGAUGACCCACGUCAUCAUGUACUCCCACUAUUUUGUCACCUCCUUUGGCAUCAACAACCCCCUGAAGAAGUACAUCACCACCUGGCAGAUUUGCCAGUUUUAUUCCUGUCUGAUGCAUGCGGUCGUCCUCGUCUUCUCUGGCUUAGACACCAUCUAUCCACCAUAUCUGGCCUGGUUGCAGUUUGGCUACCACAUCACCAUGGUGGCUCUCUUUACUCAGUUUUACAACAAAAACUUUAAAAAGGGUGGUGCAGCCGCCAAGGCCGCUGCUGGCAAGUCUUCGGUCAAGCAGACUGGUACGGUCGCGGCCGAGUUUGCACUCAACAACAACGUCCACGCGAACGAGACCGGCGUGGCGGCUCGUCGCCGCCGCAAGGCCGAGCAAUAG